AUGUGGUUUGCAAUACCACGGAAACCUGAGAACCGUCCUUUCUCCGUCCCGCGUCUGCAGCUAGCAGCUAUAUAUACAUAUCACUUGUCAAACCAAAAAAGACAACCAUUGCAGAACGUUAAUUCCGCGAGCUCGGGCGCCUUUCGACCGGAUUUUCUAUACCUCAUCGAGAACUACAACUCCUCAGAUCUGGAAGGGGAACGACCUUGA